AUGGUUGAUUGCCGGAACUUGAUCGAGUUUUGCAGAGCUUUUGAGCAGCACAAGAGCAGCUUCAAUUCCAAUUCACUGAGCGUUUCUCGCACAAAAAGGCAUCACCAUGAUUUUAGUAGUUCCCUAAACCCUUUCUCCCAUCAAUUUUGCAGUCGCUCUCCAUUCGCUGUCCUGGAAGUGAUUAUGCUUCUAAUAGCAAUCGGAUCCUUGGGAUUCUUGAUUGUUCCCUGCUUUAAACUGGUCUUUUACGACUGUCUGCCCAUACUUUUUGAUCUAAUUAUUGACGCAAUAGAGAAUGCACCUGUGGCAUAUUUCCUGGGCUUGAUAUUUGUGCUGCUUGGAGUCAUAUUCAUCGGUGUUGUUUGGGAAAUUAUUGAUAUGAGGUCGAGGAAAUGUGGGAAUCCACAUUGCAAGGGGUUACGAAGAGCAGUUGAAUACGAUAUUCAGUUGGAAUCAGAGGAAUGUGUCAAGUACUUGCCUGUCACUGAUGCUUGUGACACUGAUAAAGGGGUGAAGCAGCUGGAAUUGGGACAGGAUCGGAAGGAACUAGAGGCCGAGUUGAAGAGGAUGGCGCCACUCAAUGGAAGGACCGUGUUGAUAUUUCGAGCACCGUGUGGAUGCCCUGCUGGCAGAUUGGAGGUUUGGGGGCCUAAGAAAAUACGAAGAAUAAAAAAAUAUGAAGAUCUACAAGAGAGGAGAUAUCUCAUGGUGUCGUGUGAGGAUCAGAAACUGGUUUACUCCUCAUAA